CCUCUGGCAGCCUGUGGUGGGGCUUAAAAUCCUGAUUUGACAGAUCACAUUUUACUCACAGGCACCAAGAAAAUAGCCAACCACUGCCUGCACUGCGCUUCUGCUCUUUAACGUGGCAGAACACAUCCCAGAGCCUUUAGAUACGAUGGGGACGAGGCUGAGAAUGCUCAUAUCAGCAGUCAUACUGGCAUCAUGGGUGCUCUCAGCAUCUGAGGCACACUAUCACACUCACAGGCAUCACAGACUGGAGGAUGUAGCACUUACUGAGGAAAUCGAUGUAAGGGCACAGAGGAAUAAGAGAGCGACAGAUGACAGCUACGCCCUUCUGCCUGCCGACACUCCUGAUGACUCUGGCUCAAUGCCACCCGUAGGAGACCCUUCAGACCUUCCAACUUGUCUACUCUGUGUUUGUCUAACUGGAUCUGUCUACUGCGAGGAGGUCGACCCAGAUAUGACAUCAGUGCCUGCUCUGCCAAAGGAGACGAACUACCUCUACGCUCGCUACAACAAGAUCAAAAAGAUAACAGCCAAAGAUUUCGGAGAUAUCGUGACUCUGAAGAGAAUCGACUUCACUGGAAACAUCAUUUCUGAGAUCGAAGAUGGUGCAUUUUCUAAGCUCACCAUGCUAGAGGAGCUCUCGCUUGCCGAAAACCAACUGGUCAAGCUACCAAUCCUACCGGCGAAAUUGGUCUCCUUCAAUGCUAAUCACAACAAACUGAGGACCAAAGGAAUCAAGGCGAACGCUUUCAAGAAAUUGAACAAACUUGCACAUCUGUAUCUUGCUCACAAUGAACUGGAGGCUGUUCCUUUCAUUCCAGAAACGGUCCGAACACUUCACCUUCAGAACAAUAACAUUUCCAGCUUGACCGUGGACACCUUCUGCAAAAGUAACGACACGUACUACAUCCGCCCCAACAUGAACGAGAUCCGUAUAGACGGAAAUCCCGUCAACCUCGGCCAGUACCCCAACAGUUUCAUAUGCCUGCAGUCUCUGCCAAUUGGGCGAUACCAAUGAAAACCUAAUGAUUAGGUACUCCACAGUGAGAAGUCCUUGGAUAGCCAAUGACGAUGGCUAAAACCAAGAAGCAAAAGUAAUACCAUGAGAAUCUGUAUUAUAUAUCUAAUUAUGUAACAGCUGCCCAAACACUUAGAUUUUCUAUUGAUACUGACUUUGUAGAUGAACCUGAACCACAAGUCUUUGAAAGAACAACGUUACAUCCAUUGUAAAUAACCACUGGAGGCUACUGCUCAGUAAAAUGUGAGAUCAUGAAAAGCUGCAGUCAAGCUUCUAGUAUUCCUCAGAACUCUGUGAAUUUCUGACACCUUCUAGUACUGUUAAAAAUGUCUUACUUUGGCUGAAAUUGAGAUGCCUGCUAAGUUAAUUAGAGGGCCAGGAACUCAUUCCGAGUUCCAAGUCACUGAUCUUUCCCAGCUGACUUUUACUUUAAUAUUUUGGAUAUUAUUUAUAUGCUAAAUUUGUAAUUACUACCUAUGUGUGAAUUAAACAUAAAUAGACUGUACAGUAAAACAUUGUAUGAAAUCAACAUAUUACGUUCACUUUUUAGUUGU